UGCCGGGGUGGGAGGCGGAAGUCGGUGUGUCUGCGGCUGGGCGGCGCGGCCGGGCGGCCCGGGCGGGCGGCGGCGGGGCGAUGUCGGCCAGCGCCGUCUACGUGCUGGACCUGAAGGGGAAGGUUCUCAUCUGUCGGAAUUACCGUGGAGAUGUGGACAUGUCAGAGGUGGAGCAUUUUAUGCCAAUCCUUAUGGAAAAGGAAGAAGAGGGGACGCUUUCUCCUAUUCUAGCACAUGGAGGAGUUCGUUUUAUGUGGAUUAAACAUAACAACCUCUAUCUUGUUGCAACUUCUAAGAAAAACGCUUGCGUAUCACUGGUGUUUUCAUUUUUAUAUAAAGUAGUUCAGGUUUUUUCAGAAUAUUUCAAGGAAUUGGAAGAAGAGAGCAUUAGGGAUAAUUUUGUUAUUAUUUAUGAGCUGUUAGAUGAGCUUAUGGAUUUUGGUUAUCCACAAACCACUGAUAGUAAAAUUUUACAAGAGUACAUCACUCAGGAAGGACACAAACUUGAAACUGGAGCUCCACGUCCACCUGCCACUGUUACGAAUGCUGUUUCAUGGAGGUCAGAAGGGAUAAAAUACAGGAAAAAUGAAGUGUUCCUGGAUGUUAUAGAGUCUGUUAACCUUUUGGUCAGUGCCAACGGAAACGUAUUACGGAGUGAGAUAGUUGGAUCCAUUAAAAUGCGCGUUUUUCUCUCAGGAAUGCCAGAGCUGCGCCUCGGUUUAAACGACAAAGUUCUCUUUGAUAACACAGGCCGUGGCAAAAGUAAAUCGGUAGAACUGGAAGAUGUAAAGUUUCACCAGUGUGUUCGUCUCUCUCGCUUUGAAAACGACAGGACAAUUUCUUUCAUUCCGCCUGAUGGAGAGUUUGAACUCAUGUCUUAUCGUCUUAAUACCCAUGUAAAACCACUGAUCUGGAUUGAGUCUGUGAUUGAAAAACAUUCCCACAGCCGCAUCGAGUACAUGAUCAAGGCAAAAAGUCAAUUUAAGCGUAGAUCAACUGCCAACAACGUGGAGAUUCACAUUCCAGUUCCAAACGAUGCGGACUCGCCAAAGUUUAAAACCACCGUUGGAAGUGUCAAAUGGGUUCCAGAGAACAGUGAAAUUGUCUGGUCCAUCAAAUCUUUUCCAGGUGGAAAAGAAUACCUGAUGAGAGCUCACUUUGGACUUCCCAGUGUUGAAGCUGAAGAUAAGGAAGGAAAACCGCCCAUUAGUGUAAAGUUUGAGAUUCCAUAUUUCACCACUUCAGGAAUCCAGGUUCGCUACUUAAAGAUAAUUGAGAAGAGCGGCUACCAGGCCCUCCCGUGGGUUCGUUAUAUUACCCAGAAUGGAGACUACCAGCUUCGAACACAGUAAAACACCUCACAAGCACCACAGACAACAAAACUUGAGGCCUAGAAUUUGUUUGCGGAAGCUUCUGUGGUACCGAGAGCUGUGAAUGUUGUUGCCGAGGGACGUGUUUCUGCAAUCUUGGAUUGGCAGGAGGAAGAUGGGGAAAAUUACUAUUUUCAAUAACGUGUUUGAGCAUUUGAACCAUUAGUAUUGAUUGUGUGACUAUUUAUUUCAUUCUUAGAACGUGCUGAUCUUGCUGCUGAAUGCUAAUUACGUUAGGAGUAGCAGUUACCUUGAGGAGCCAGGAAUACAGAGUGAACCUUGAGAAUGUCUCUCUGACGCCUUGUCCAUGACAUUCGCAAAGUUUCUAGUAUUCGUAUUUUAGGAUCUCUAAAGACAUUGGCGGCAUUGUGCUACAAAGUAGGGAGACGACUGUGCAAUUACAUGACUGCUGAACACUUAGUUGUAUUUAGCCCAAGGUAUUUAUUUUUUUCUGGGCAUGUGGGUGCCUUAACUCGUUCAAAGCUCUGUUAACGUAAAAAAAACUUACGGAAUAUGAGUUAAAAGUAUCCAAAGUCCAAAAAUACUAUUCGCUCUUUUUGCAUGGUUUCAAACCAAUUAAUCUGACGGAACAACUUCGAGUGAAGGGCUUGGAAACAAAAAUAUGGGUUUGUUAAAGACUAACCGAGAACAAGAUACUGCAGAGGAAAUGUGUAUAGGAACAUCCCUGUGGAAGCGUGACGGUCGCUGCUUCAGGCAGGCAAAACGCAGGCUGAAGCGUUCCAACCCUCUGACACCCCUAGGGCAUGGGACCCUGUGCCAAUUGACUAGUAUUUGCCUUUUUAAAAUUUCUAUUCCUAAAACAAGUUCAAAACUGUGCUAUGUAGGCAUAAGAGCUUAGAUUAAUUAGUUUCUUUAAAAAAAAAAAAAGACCAAAACCAUUUUGGAGGCAAUGAAAUUUGGUAGGAAGACUUUGAUUAUUAACUUUUUUCCAGAGAAUAGUAACAUCCUCCAACCUCUUCCUGAAAAUUGAUUGUUGUUUAUGAAGAGGCCGAUAAAAAUACAGUUGCCAUUUUUCUUCCAGCUUGCCUUUGUGUUAAUUUAGGGCAAAUGUUUCCUUUGGUUUUUUUAUUGCUGUAGUUCACUAGAAUUGUUUAACUUCAGUUGCCCUAAGCGGGAUCCUUGCUUUCUCAGUCUUUUCCAUUUGUAAACAGCUGUUGUUAUAACUCCCUGGCAGAAUGAUAACAAUUCAGAAUGUUAUACUUAAAGGUAUUUUUUUUUUUACAUGCCGUUUCAUUUUUUUCUGAGAAGCUAAGAUUGGCACGGGUGUACAUAGUUGUUCUGAUUUUUUUUCUUCCUGAAAAAUUUUGAUGAUUAUCAGUAUUUUCUUUAAACAAGCUUUAGACUGUUUUGGUUUGAUUUUAGUACUCCUGACAGCUGCUAAACUUAAACCACAAAAAUCUAAAUAACGUGUCCUCAAACAUGAUGUAAUUCACUGCGCACAAGGUUCUCCACACCGCUCGGUUGACGGUCCUUGGCUCUCCCACAAGACUGAGAAGAUCUUUCAGUCACUCCCUGCUAAAUCCUUGCAGACUAUGUGCAGAGAUACACCCAUGGUAUGCAGUCGGUACUAUCGGCAAAAAACAGACUGACUUCCCCUGGAUGCAGCUGCUUGUAAGGUUAUGGGACGAUCUGCCUCAGGAAGGACCGAUACCUGGCGGCAGGGGGGCGGUGACCGGGCAGCUGGUUGGGCAGCGCAGGGAGUAAGGUUGCUGUAUUUGUCACCCAAUAAGCUUGAUGUUGAAACAAAUUAAAUCGUCUUGUUCAAGAUUUUGGUUCCACUACUCAUCUUCAUUUGAACACUUAAGCUUAUGACUGGACUAAACAUUUUUUCUAUUAAAAUUGUUGACAAAUCGCUU